GGCUCUGGGGGUGCCAAACAUCCAGCCUCUCUCUGCUCUCCUCCUGCUGAAAAAGGUGCUACUGCAGCUUUAGUCUUGCCUGCACUUUCUAUGGUCACAGGUUCCCUCGCUCAUGGCUCCUGCCUGGGCCAAGGCCCACCUGACAGGGCCUCUCUGGCUGCCUCUCCUCUGGCUACUCCUGUCCUUGGUCAGUUGUUCCCAUGCCCUACCAGGAUGGCGUUUCACUUCCUCUGAAAUUGUGAUUCCCAGGAAGGUGUCCCACAGGCUGGGUGGAGCUGGGGUACAAGACCAGCUCUCCUACAGGAUUCACUUCAGUGGUCGAAGACAUGUGGUUCACAUGAAGGUCAAGAAGGACUUGCUGCCCAGACAUUUUCCGGUUAUCACCGAUAACGACCAAGGUGCCAUGCAGGAGGACUACCCCUUUAUCCCUCGAGACUGCUACUACUUUAGCUACUUGGAGGAGGUUCCUGGGUCCAUGGGCACACUGGACACUUGCUACGGGGGUCUGCGUGGCAUGCUGCAGGUGGAUGACUCGACUUAUGAAAUCAAGCCAAUGGAGGCUUCUUCCAAGUUUGAGCAUGUGAUUUCUCUGCUUGUGAAAGAACGAUCAACAGAGGACGAAAGCUGUACGAUUGAAAAAGAAGGUGCAGAUCUAGCAUUUGAAGAGGCAACGUUUGCUGAAAACCUGAGAGCAGCGCCCGUGUAUUUAUGGUGGCCCCAUAGGAGAGACUUAAAACUUCACUACACAGUUACUAACUCAUUAUACCAGACUGACUUCUUGCUGUGAAAGAUGAGUUCGUUGGCCCAGCCACACUGGCAUGAACACGCAGUUCUGAAGAUACUGGAGCCCUUCUGUACCUGUUAGUAAA